AACGGAGAUGAGCUUUGUUGCACCAGAGCCAUCGUCACGGCCAAAGCCAGACUUGACCAGCACCCCAACUGGGACGGGUUCAAAAGAGGCAGAAGGAUCCAAGCAGAACAUGCAGUAGACCUUCAUCACGAAACGAGAGUUCCCCGAGGUCCUUGUGGGUACGACGAACUCCGAGCCUUCUCUCUUGCUCCUUCUCUCUACGACUAUCAAAUUCUUCUCUGCGAUGCCACGCGCGGGUAUGUCGUGACGUUGUUUGGCCCACCUUCACAAAAGCAGCUAGUCCCCCUCUACAAUGACGGCCAUUACAAUGUCAUCACUUCUCUACCCGGAUUCUUUGGCACCUCCUACUUCUGCACGAGGUGUCUCAAACCCUACGACAACCAAGGUCACCAUGCCUGCGACAACAACCCGGACCACUGCAGGGCCUGUCUCCAGACUGGAUGUCCAGAUUACACUGAGGCCCGAUGCCGAAGUCUUCUGGCGAUGCAGACCUGCGAUUUAUGUAGAUUUAUGUUCUAUGGGACAGCGUGUUUCACCAAUCACGUGUCUAAGACACAGAGUGGGAAGACUGCGGAUCACCAGCAACUGAGCGUCUGUAUGAGUCGUAGGAAGUGCGGCAACUGUCGCAAACUCCUUGUGGGUCGCAAACAGCAACAAGAACACCGGUGUGGCCAUGUCACGUGUCCUUCGUGUCACCAUUACGUCGAAGCCUUCAAUGACGAAAAACCUCCGUUACACGUAUUCUUCGACGUGGAGGUCAUGCAGGACACCGGACGUCACGUUCCAAAUCUCUUCAACACCCUUUCUAAUCAAUCCUACGUCGGACGCAUUCCUGACACUUCCUACUUCAUGCCAGACGUCAUGUCUGUAUCUGCGCGACGGGACUUUGAGGCGUGGCAUACUUGACAAUGUGUGGCCAACGUCAUCUACGACUUCCAAAAGGAGUUGACUGAAUACUGCGAGGCUGACGUCAGACUCCUCAAGCAGGGGUGUCUCUCCUUCAAGUCCGUAUUCGAGCCUCUGGCUUGCUUCAAUCCUUUUUCCCACAUCACCAUUGCCUCUGCUUGCAACUGGGAUCUCCGUCAGAACCGCAUGGAAGCUGACACGAUCACCAGCAAACCGCUCCACGGAUGGCGCUUGAACACCAAUCAUUCUCGCAUCGCCCUGGAAUGGCUCCACUGGCAACAGUACCAGCUACUGGAUAAAGACGAUUACAUCCGACAUGUGGGCAAUUCUGGCGAGUACCGGAUCCCCAUUCUCGGUACACGGUAGACAGAUACCAUGAGAAAACCAACACUGUCUACGAGUUCCAAGGCUGCUUUUGGCAUGGUUGUCCGGUCUGCUAUUCCAAUUGCACCGAAUCCCACUGCCACCUCGACGAUAGGUGCUUUGACGACGUGUACCAUUGCACGCAGGUCAAACUCGACUUACUGCGUAAUCGAGGUUUCAGGGUAGUCGAAAUUUGGGAGUGUCAAUGGGAAAAACUGAAACGAGAACGCGAAGAUGUUUGCGCGUUCGUUGAUGCCCUUGGGAUGCGUUCUUCGGAGGUCGUACGAACGCCUUACGACUUUACCACAAGGUAGACGAGACUUGCGGGGAAAAGAUUCGUUAUUUCGAUUUCAUGUCUCUGUACCCGUGGGUCAACAAGAACGGUAAGUACCCUCUGGGACAUCCCGAGAUCAUCUCUCAACCUGGUCAUACAGACCUUUCUCGUUAUUUCGGCUUAGUGAAACGCACGGUGCUUCCACCCCACGGUCUCUUCCAUCCCGUGCUACCUUACAGUCACGCCAGCAAACUCACCUUUCCGCCCUGUGCCUCCUGCGUGACCUAGGAAAUGGCCAAACCCUUUCUGGAGCGUACUCCUGGCUGUACUCACACAGAUUCGGAACGCCAACUUGUAGGGACCUGGUGCACACCAGAACUCCUCAAGGCUAUUGAGAAGGGAUACAAAGUCGUCUGCGUACACGAAGUGUGGCAUUUCCCGACCACUCGCAGAGGGCUCUUCGAAGACUACGUGAACACGUGGCUUAAGAUCAAGGAAGAGGCCAGUGGGUGGCCGAGUCAUGUGGGCGACGAUCCCCUGAAACGUCAACGACACUUGGACGAUUACAGAGACAAAGAGGGGAUCGGAUUGGACCCGGAAAAGAUCGAGAAAAAUCCCGGACUGCGUACACUGGCCGAGAUGAUGUUAAACUCCAUGUGGGGUAAAUUUGGUCAACUUACCAACAAGACACAAGUCCGGGAAUUUGACGACCCCAAAAAAUUUUCCACCUUCUGUAUCAGCGACACCCUCCAAAUCAAGUACGUUGGUAUACAAUCAGACGAUCGCGUUGAAGUACAAUACACUUUACAAGAGGAAGACGAAUCCAUCUCGCCCAACCUGAACAUAUUCGUGGCCUGUUUCACGACCUGUUGGGCUCAUCUUUAA